AUGGGGGCAGCGCGGGGGGGAGAGGGGGGGUUGAGAUGGAAGUUUGAGGUGAGGUUGCGAGAUCGCGAGCCAAGCGAGGAGUUGAGGAGACAGACGUGGAUUGGGUGUAGAACUUAUGGUGGAAGUACGCAGCGGUAUGACAGACGCAUGCCCGGGGCUAGUAGUGCCUUGGCAACGGCACAACCUGGCGAACCAACCUCGAGUCAUUUCAGGGAUGGUACGGUACGUAUUAUCGACGGACGGCUUGCUGGUAUCAUGCAUAAACAUCAGUGUAAAUGCCACUGGAGUCAGUGGUUUAUUAAGGUUUGACUGUAACAGCGACAGAAGCCGGUCAGUUUUGCACAACCUUGGAAUGUCUACUCCGUACGCCAGGUACUGACUACAGACUACCUACAACACUUUCAGCCGGGUUAUAU